GCUGCAGUAGGCGGCGUCAACCGUGUGUUAAUUCUUUGCUCUAUCAAGCUAUCUUAUUUGUUCAAUGAGUCAAUACACUUUCUUUUUUUCUUUUCUACCAGACCCCAGCACAUAAUCAAAACUGGCUGACUGGUAAACCUGAAUAGGGGGCUGAGAAGAUCCGUAGUUUCCGGCACCUACGUACUUACUCAGGUUUUUCCCUUUCUAGGUCAUUAGGGAGAUCUUAAUAAUUAGGUACUACAUUCACUUUCACAUUCACAUUCACUUUUGCCGCCCGUGCUAUUCCAUCGCACAUUCCUUAGACGAGGCUCAGCCUAACUCCGGAUUCACACCAUCGUUUCGUCUAAUUCACGGUCGCUUCGCAUCAAGCAUUACCUAUAGAUCUUAAUAAGGCCUUAAUCGGAGUCCUUUCGGAUUCCUUUCGGAUUCCUUUUGGAGUCCUUUCAGAGCCCUUUCAGAGCAUCUCCCAAGUUGAUAAGAUGCAGCGAAACAUUCGGGGGCCUCGAUCUGCCCUCACAGAUUAUCUGGCUUCCCAGAAUAUUUCGGCCAGGCAAAUCCGCGCUAAUCACGAGGCUCGCCUUAGGUCUGCUGCUGCUACUGCUGCCUCAGACCAAGCCGUCGCAUCCACAUCAACAACACAGGAUGUAGAAACUACAGAAUCCGCAGGGGCCGCAGAAGCCGCAGAAACCGUAGAAGAUGGUGAGGACGACGCCGACUCUUCAGUGGCUGCAAACACCCGUCAAGCAACGACCCGAAAGCGGAAGCAGGCAGUUGCGGCGCUUGAGAAAAUCAAGAACUCCAAGCCAUCCAAACAACGCAAGUCGCGCCGAAAUGCCCCUGACAACGAAUCCGACGACGAGGUACUUGAUAGAAGCGCAGCUCCCGUGCCCGGCCAGCUUGAGAACUGUGAGCAGUGCGGCAAGCGAUUCACGGUAACCACGUAUUCACGUGCCGGUCCGGAGGGAGGCCUGCUUUGUGCCCAGUGUAGCAUCAAGCUAACCAAAGAAGAGAAUGCUGCUAAGAGCGCUUCUAAGAAAGGCAAGCAGAAAGCGACCGCGGUUCCUACUAGACGUGAACGAAGAAAGAUUCAGAGCCUUAUACUGGAUGGCCAAAUCGGAGUCAAGACCUUGAUGACCCUCUGCGUCGAGACCCUAGCUAACAACAUUCACCUUGCUGACGAUCUCGGUGAUCUACCUCUACCUGCUAUUGAUCGCAUAUCCAGACAGCUGUCUAAGCGCCGUCUUAUGAGCCCUAAGACCCUAGAUCUAUUCCUCCAGCCCCAAAUUCAGGAUAUCAUGAUUUAUGAUGGAGGUCGCCUAGGCUCGGAUGACUACACCCGAAUUUUCCAAAUCUGCUCCAAUCUUAAGACCCUCAAAUUGCGCAACGCGAUCCAAUUCAAAGAUGACGUCAUGGAGUACUUGAUCGGAAGACAUUUCGCUCUGGAUGCCUUCUACAUAUCUGGCGCGAACCUACUCAGCAAUGAAAGCUGGGAUAAAUACCUAAAGGCGAAGGGACAAAGCCUUCAAAGUCUCCAAGUCUAUUUCACAGAUCGUCAUUUCGGUAACAGCACUGUAGAGUCUCUACGCAAGUACUGCCCAUCUCUAACCCGGUUGAAAAUAUGCCACAACCAAGCAGUCACCGACGAAGGAAUAGAACAUAUUGCACAGCUUCAUAAGCUCGAGCACUUAGGUCUGCGUCUUGUCAGUCAGACCCAGACGAUGCCUUAUGUCAAUGUUGUAGAGAAGAUAGGGAGCCAGUUGCGUACCCUCUCUAUCAGAGAUGUCCCUGCUGUUGACGAUCGCCUGCUUGAUGCAAUCCAUGAACACUGCGCUCGACUAGUUAAGCUUCGCAUCACAAAUAGUGAGGUCAUGACCGAUGCAGGCUUUGUUAGGCUCUUCAAAGAUUGGAAGAACAGACCCCUCCUAUUCGUGGACCUAGAACUAUGCCGUCAUAUCGACGCAGGAAACCCCAGAAUAAACCAGCAUAUGGUUGGCUUCUGCUCGGGCGGUUUCCGAGCCUUGAUGAAGCAUUCGGGCAAGCUCUUGAAAAAGCUCAACAUCCACGGAUGCAGACACAUAUCCGGUGAGGCGUUUGAAGAUGUGUUCGCUGUUGGAAAGGUCUAUCCUGAUCUUUUAGAUCUGGAGAUCAGUUUCUGCGAGGAGGUGACAGAUCUGAUCGUUGGGCUGAUCUUCAAAAGCUGUCCCAGUCUAAAGAGACUGAAUGUCUUUGGAUGCAUGAAGGUGAAGGACGUGCGAGUCCCUAGAGGCAAAAUCUUAGUCGGUGUCCCGAACGCAAUAGGGAUGAUCAUCGAAGGUACCGAAGAUUGAAUCGGAUGUGUUUAUCCUCCUUUUAAGAUACCCGACUUGAACGCAUAUUAAAGAUACCAGGCGUAAUGCAGGGCACGGCUCUAAGCAUUUGGCGUUUGGUGUUGGAGGCAUUUGGCCCUGGUACUGGUUUUUACGACGACAUUUACGUGAAGCAUAGGCGUUGAAAACAAGUCAUUCUAUCCGAUCAAUUAUGGUGCAUAGCCAGCCUAAAGUGUUUACGGUAGGAAAUUGCUUUGCUUUGCUGAUAUUCUUGUGAUUUUUCUUGCGGGACACUGCCGUCGUCAAUCAACGAGCAUGUCACAUAUGAUGCCACCAAAAAGGUGUCGACGAUAAUAAUCCUUCAUUGCGAGUCAAUAAUCUCCGCGUGCUUUACAUGGCUCACAACAAACGUGUACAUAUCCAGGUAGUCGGCCAGUUGAGUUAUUAACUUAGAUACCUUGGAGCACGAUAUGCUAGCUUAG